AUGUCAGAAUCAUCCUACUUCGCUAACAACAUGAAUCCCAAGCUAUCUAAUACGUGCGCUAAUUGCAUUAAACACAAGAAAGGUUGCAAUGCGUGCCCUCGUUGCAUUAAACAAGGGAAAAGACCGUGUAGUCACAUCGAGCCAGGCACUUUCAAAUGUGAAAAUUGUAUGAAAGGUAACGGCAAGGAAUGCUUUUUUCAGUGUGAAGAUUGUUAUAAAAAGAAUAAACACGUCGAAAGAGGUCAGCCUUUCCCAAAAUGCAAUAAUUGCAAGAUUGUUACAGAAGGUCCGCCCAUCGACUUCGAUAUUUUUAAAGAAGAUGGGAAAGUCUAUCUUUGUCCUAUCGGUAGUAAAGACCAAAGAUUUGAAGUUUCUGAUGAGAUAUUUGAAAAAGUCUUUGAACUAAAAUAUGGAUGUAAUCCCGGAAGAUAUAUGAGAUACUUUCUCGAUUAUGUCGAGAACUUUGAAUCUCUUGUC